GCGACGCGACGCGGCGCGACGCGACGCGACACGGGACGCACGCACCGAGGAGACGCUUGCGUCAAACCACGUGACCGGCACGAGCGAGACACGCACAGAGAAAACUUUCAUUGAAUUAAACAUUGAUUUGAAUUUAUUUUUGGGCAAUAUUUUUGUUAGCGUACAAGUGUUAUUUUCCCCCAAAAACUUUUUCACCCCAAUUUUCUUUUUUUGGUUCCACGAGCGACAAGCACAACAACGUCCAAACUUUGCGGGAGGGGGAAAAAAACAAUCAAUUGCUUCUCUGCUUUUUUUUAUUUUAUUUUUUUAUUUUUUUGGGGGGGGGGGGGGGGGGGUGUUUCCCUCAACUUUCUGUCACUUUAGAAACUUUUUUUUAUUUGUUGAAUUUCAAAUUGUCGGCGCGCACCAUGGAGCUCGCUCCCCCCGCCUGCUUGUUCACCGCGCAGAGCGUCCCGCUGAGCCCGAGCGGCAAGCCCGUCUCCGCCAAGCGGCCCCGGUCGUCCUCCCCGGAGCUCCUCCGCUGCAAGCGCCGGCUGAACUUCGCCGCGUUCGGCUACUCGCUGCCCCCGCAGCAGCCUCACGCCGUGGCCCGGCGCAACGAGCGCGAGCGCAACCGGGUCAAGCUGGUCAACAACGGCUUCGCCACCCUCCGCGAGCACGUCCCCAACGGGGCGGCCAACAAGAAGAUGAGCAAGGUGGAGACCCUCCGCUCGGCCGUCGAGUACAUCCGCGCCCUGCAGCAGCUGCUGGACGAACACGACGCCGUCAGCGCCGCCUUCCAAGCGGGCGUGCUGAGCUCGUCGCCCGGCGUGGCGCAGGCCUACGCGGCGGCGGACAUGAACUCCAUGACCGGCUCGCCCGUGUCCUCCUACUCGUCGGACGAGGUGUCGUACGACCCCCUCAGCCCGGAGGAGCAGGAGCUCCUCGACUUCACCAACUGGUUCUGAACUCCUACUGCCGGGAGUAAGGAUGCAGUCCGGAGGAGGCUCGAGAAGCACCCAGCUCUGGAUUUUAAAACAAAACAAGGACCGCGAAAGACUCGGAAGGGGGUCUGGCGACCACACCCCAAAAACGAGCAGCACAUUAUUUCAUAUUCACAACAAAAAGCAAAAGAAACUAUGCUAAAUCCAAUCAGCCCGGAAAUGCUUCCAAGUUCGAGAAAAUUCUAUCAAAUGCUCUGUUCUGGUUUUUUGUUUUUUUUGCUUUUGUUUUUGCAAAUAUAGUAACUAUUUUUCUAUAUGUAAAGAGAUUCAUAGACCUUUUUUGUACACAUCUUUUUGUGUUUUUGUAUAUAUUUUGCUUACAUCAGUCUAUAUAUGUCACGUGUAUUAUUCCUUCAGCUUGUUCCCUGAACGCCACACCGACGUGUCUUAUUUAAAUAUGUCAACUUGUCCAUGAUCAAAACUUAUUAUGCAGCUAGUGUCCAAACAAGCCAGCGUCACGUUGGAAACUAUUGUUAAUAUAAUGAUCAUCCGAAUAAUAAUAAUAAUAAUAAUAAUAAUAAUAAUAAUAAUGUUGAUGAUGAUGAUGAACAUAUCUUCUAUAGUGCAACAAUAAAUGAUUUGCUACUGAA